ACAUUUCACCGCGUAUGUAAAAAGGAGAGACCGGAGAAGAGACCGUCGUUGUAUCAGACGGACGGGAUGUUAGCCGAAAUCCACGUGCACAUGAACGGCUAUGAUAUCGGGUGUUUUGCAGCAUUGCAAUUGGGAAUCUUCCCGCAAUGUCCUUGUAACGGUGGAUUGGAUCUCCACGAUGUUUUCCCUUUCAAAGCGACAUAACCCUUAGAAUUAUACAUCCCAUGAAUGGGAACAACAAAGAAUUCAAUUUUGUGCCUGAAGACACUGCAGCAGAUGUAGCACAGCAUGUCUUUGACAACUGGCCACCAGAUUGGGAGAAUCACAGAGUGCGGUCAGCCCAUAUACUACGAUUGAUAUACCAGGGAAGAUUUAUUCAUGGAAAUGUAUCAUUAGGGGCUCUACAGUUGCCUCUCGGUAAGACGACAGCAAUGCAUAUAAUGGCACGAGAAACCCUACCAGAACCCAACUCACAAGGACAGAGAAACCGAGGAAAAACAGAGGAGAGUAAUUGUUGUGUGAUUCUCUGAAAGAAACUACUUGGAAAAAACGUGACAACUUUCACGAACUGAACUUUUUAUGAAGAUCCUGAUACCAUCCAUAUAUUGUUGGACCUCGUUCUAACUCAUUCUCAGAGUCGAUUUUGAAACGUUGAACAAUCAUUCCUACAUGCCCAAACAAGAAGUAUCAUCAAUGUAUCAUCUCAACAUGGAGUCUUGUGCAUGCUUUGUUCGCAUAGUUUUUAUAUUUUUGAUUUGUAUGCAAGGGCUGUUGGCCCUCAGGAAAUGUUCACAAGUCGUAUUCAGACAUUGAUUCGGUAGACAGACAUGCCUGCGUUUCUAGUGCUAUGUGAGACCUUAUGUGUGUGUUGAUUGAAUGAUUCAAUGAUAAACUGUCCAUUCAGAGACAGAAUAACCAGUAUCAUUAUACCACAUGAUCAAGUCCUUCUGGUUUUGAGUAAAUUUUAUGUUCCUUUUUUGUUGGGUUUUUGGGGGGUAAAUUUCCCAAUACAAUAAUAACAUUUUGUAAUGUGUACACUAACCCUACUAUAAGAAAGAAAAACAUUGAUGGGAGUUUUGCAUGUCUAGAUUAGAUUACUUCAAGAUAUUGUAGCUUACAAAUAUAACUAUAUUAAUUUUGAAAACUUAAAAGUAUAAAUAUGUUCAGGGAGACUCAUUUUAUAUCCCUUUGCUUGUAAUACCAUCUAUAGGUAAUACUGAAAGAAUUUUGGCUCUCGAUGAAAAUACAUGUACAGUUGUGCUCAGAAGUUAGUGAACCCAUCACAAAAUGCACUCUGUCAUGCUAAGUAUUGAAUAUAGACAAUAACACAAACAUUUUUGGUGAGCCCAGAGAUACAAACUUUAUUGAAUGAAAUAUUUUAUCCCCUGACUUUGCAAUUAGAUAUCUAAACAUGACAAAACUUAGAACACUUUAAAUUUAUUCAUUUUCUGGUGGGGUUCACUAACUUUUGAGCACCUCUGUCUACAUUUCACAUGCAGUUUAUUUUCAUUUAAAGAAGAGAAAUCAAUUUCAAGUCUCCAGAAAACAUUGUACAUUUGAGUGUAAGAAGAAACCCAAGGUUAGUAAAAGUUUAUUUCAAGUGAAUUACGGAAAGCAAAAUGAUUCUUGUGUAUGUCCAACAAGGAUUCAGGUCAGUUUAUCUUUAAUUUAGGGCAUUCCUAGAUGGAAUUCCAGGAUCUCUCUUCUUCAUAUCCAUUUUUGAAUUUGAUGUCUGAAAAAAAUGAAAAUAAUAAUAGUAAUAUAAUAACAUAGGAUUUGUAUAGCGCAGGUAUCCACCUUGUUAGGUGCUCAAGGCGCUCCUAUAUUACCCUGGCUAAGCUUGUCUUAGAACUAUUCUGGUGCUCACAUCUUUUUGAGGAAUUACUUCCAGCCAGUACUCAUUUACCUCACCUGGGUUGAGUGGAGCACUAUAUUGGUUAAUUUCUUGCUGAAAGAAAACAUGCUAUGGCUGGUAAUUGAACCCAUGUCCCUCAGAUUGAAAGACAAAAAUUGGAAAUUGUUACAUCAGGCAAGCUUGCAUACUGUAAUAUCAUUGGAUGAAAUUUGAAAAACAUGUAUGUGUUAAUUGCCAAUCCUAAUGAAAAACGGGUAAAAGUAAUGUGUUACAAGCCAAAUCCAAAUUGGUUUCUCAAAUGGUGUAUGCAUCCAUUCAAAUCCAGAUAAAAAAAAAAAAUCUGUGGAAUAUAUUAAAAGUUCUGCUAAUUAUUAAUCAGGCUGCCAGGUAAUUACAUAAAUGUCCUUCCCACCCCCUUCAUAAAAAAUUAGGUUUUUCACUGAUUUUUUUCCUGUACUGAACCUUAAAAAAAAUUCACAAUAUUUUUAUUUGCUCUAUACAUGCUAUAUUUUAGAAAUUUAUGACUGCUCAUUUUUUACCAAUGAAGAAUGACUUAUAACACAGGGAAAAUAGUGCCUUUAAUCACAAGUUUAUCAUCUAUCACUCAUGCAUGUAUGAUUGAUGUAUCAUGCACUUAAGUAGGAAAUUAAUCAUAUUUGUUUAUUGAAAAUUGGAACACGGCCAUGAUUCUAGUCUGAAAAAAUGUUAAUAUAUGUUGAAUGGAUGAGUGAAGGGAGUCUGGAACACCCAUGCACUAUUUAUCAAUUUUCAAAUACAAUUUGGCACAUGAAAUGUCUUGAACACUAUUAAGAGGUAUAUGUGUGCGCAGUAACUAAAUAACAAAUACUAAUGUUAAUAGUAGGAAGUCAUUGUUUUCAAACAGAAUGCAGUUACUACAUUUAUUGUUUUCUUUCAAUUGAAAUUCCUGUGAGUGUAUUAUUUAUCAAGUCAUUAAGAUAUGAUUUACUAAGCAAUUUAAAGGGGUACUACAGGCAGAAAUUAAUGUGAUUAGAACAGAUGAAGUAAAAUCAGACCCCCAAAAAUCAUCAGAAUUGUGCAUGUCUUCAUGAAUAUGGAAUGCACCAGCUGAUGUCAUAUCCCCACUUAUUCUUUGUAUUUUAUUAUAUUUAUCAACAUUUUGUCCCCUCCAAGAAUAAAAACAAAAUUGGAUUGACUCUUGAUUGAAUUUGUAAGAUAAUCAUUGCUGCAACUAUUUUGUUCCAAGGGAGACAUACAUGUAUAUACACAUGUAUGAACAAUAAUUAAUAUGAUUUGUGUAAUAACAUAAGAAAAGGGAAAGUAGGGUAAUUACAUCAUCAGUCCACCUAUUGUAUAUUCAUGACAGCAUUCAUUUAACAAUGCAUACAUGCACAUUUUUAAGAAGUAAUUUUUACAGAGCAAUUUUCAAAUUUGCAUAUAAAUUAUAAUAACAGAAAAAUCAACCUGAUUAUGACUUCAAGGAAUAACAUGAAGACACUGCAUACAAACUUAAUUGCAACCAUGAGGUCUGUGUAUUAAAAAGUAUAAGUACAUUGCAAAUGAAUUUUAAACAGGAAAAAAUAUUGUUUUUUAUUGUACUCAUGAUAGACUGAAUACAUUAAUGUGGAUUCGAAUGAAACAUGUAUUUCAAAAAAGAGAUCACAAUUCAUAGUCUAUAGUUUGGAACAUGAUUGUUUAUGGGCAACAAAUGAAUUACUGUAUGUAUAUUUAUAAAGCAUGAAAUGUCCCUUUUUUUCACCCAAAAUACUGUUACAAUCAUAUACUUUCUAUGGUUUGGGAUGGAAUAUUGAUAAAAAUGCCAUGCUGGGUAAAACAAUGUUAGAAAUAUUGGUAUCCCUGCCUUUAAAAAGUCUAAUCACAUUUAAAUCAAUAUGAGAAUUACGCCUUUGUCUACUGUAUACAAUACUGCAUCUUGAAGUGGUUCUCAUACACUUAUAUAGUAUGAAAAAAAAUAAUGUUUGAUAACUGCAUGAUGUAAUAAUAACCUUCACUGAAGAAUUAUGAUCACAUUGGGCUGUUUCCGUGGCAAUGAAGGAUUUUGGAUGGAGCUUGAUUUUGUUGACAGUCAACUGUUUCAAUCUCCUGGAUAGUAAUGAAUUUAAUGAUGCAUCUACAAACUAAUAAACUGAUUUAGUUUAAUUUUUAUGUGAUUUUUUUUCAUAUGGUUUCUUCUUUGUUUAGGUCAAAUCAAGAAAAUAGCAUACACCAUUAGAAAGAUAGAGUAAGCAGCAUGGGGGGGGGGGGGGGGGUGAGAAUAAAAAAAAUACACAUGAAUUAAAUUUUAUCUAUUUUUUUUCUCACUAUUUUAUCCAUAUCAUUAGGCAUACAUGAAUAUUUAUAGUGCAAAAUUGGUUAGCGCAAGAAUUUUUAAAAAUCCAUUUUAAUUUGUCAUUAGUUUAUUAUUGCUGUACUUCCUCUUUAAUAGUGAUUAGCUGUCAAUAUUUCAUAUUAAUUGAGUAAUUAAUGCAACCAUAUUCGGGCGAGUCAGGGUACAAAAUAAAUGUGUCUGGAUUGCACAUCAUAAUUCUCUUGUCUUAUGGAAGGUAUUUGGUUGUGGUUUGAAGGUGUUAUUAAAGAUCUGUAACCUUUUGUGGUCGAGUUUCUGCAAAAAGGUCGCAACUGCUAAGUGUUUCUGUUGAUGCUUAGUGCAUUACAGAUCUUGAAAGAAUCUCAUUCCUGCUAAUAUUUAACCAAAUGAAUAGAAGUGAUGAGUGGUUCCUUUUUUUUUUUUUAUAAAUCCCUAAAUUGAAUAUUCUUCCUCCUGAAGGAGAAUUAUCUGCACAAGUGAGAAGUAUAUGUCCUUAUUAAAGGACCAUUUUCUUCGCAGAAGUAGAAUGAUCUCCUUUUAAAAGUAAAAUCUCCUUGAUUUUUUAUUUGUUUGUAGGGAAUACAUUGCCCUGUAGGUAUUUAAAGAUGAUAAAAGUCCAAAGGUUUUCUUUUUCUUUCCUGCGUACCAUGAUGUGCCAGGUAUUAUGACACAAUCCACAAGUCGGUACAAUGUACACUGCCAAGUGCUAUCAACCUCAGAGUUGGAGUGAUUGAAGGAGCGUUUAUUUUUAAAUGAGUGAUUUGUAAUUUUGUUGGUUUGAUUAAAAGCAAUGAUUUGAUGUAAA